AUGUUAGCUUACGGAUAUGCGGCUGAUGCAAUAGACGAGUACUUACGCAUUGGAGAAACUGCUGUUUUGGAAGCUACUCGUAGGUUUUGUAUGACUAUUGUCCACUUGUAUGACAAAGAAUAUUUGCGUGAACUACCUGCUGGUGAUGUUGAACUGCUGCUUAAACAAAACAAAAGCAGGGGAUUUCCAGGGAUGCUGGGUAGUUUAGAUUGCAUGCAUUGGAAAUGGGAUAAAUGUCCCUCGGUAGAAUCAGGGGCUUACACAGCGUAUAAAGGGAGCGAAAGUAUUGUGUUGGAGGCUGUGGUGUCGUAUGACCUCUGGUUUUGGCAUGCAUUUUUUGGUAUGCCCGGCUCAAACAAUGAUAUUAAUGGGAUGAACCGUUCUUAUGUUCUUCGUAGUCUUGUCACAGGAAAAUCACCACCAGUGAACUUUGUGGUAAACGGACAUUCAUAUGAUAUGUCGUAUUAUCUAGGUGAUGGCAUAUACCCAGAUAUUGCUACUAUUAUUAUGUCCAUUAAACAUCCAGAGGGGAGAAACAAAAUAAAAUUUUCUGGGAUGCAAGAUGCGCAGGAACCCAUCACCAGUUGCUAUAUCAAGAGAAACAGUGAAGCACUUUCCCCAAUUAGAGCUGCGCAGCGUGUUCGUGCAAUGCGUAACAAACAAACGCAUACCAACUUGCGUGAUGACUUGAUCGAACACAUAUGA